AUGCCCCCGCCCAAGGCCGCGAAGCAGGUCCUGCCGCCGAACGCGGCGGCGGACGCGACGCGCGAGCUGCCGUGGGCGUACACGUCGUUCCAUGCGCCGUCGUUUGUGAAUGCGAAAAACGUUUCCUCGUCCUACCUCAAAACCGAGGCACAGACGUGGAUGGCGCGCUCGGGGCGCAAGGUGCCGAAGCGCAAGCACGACGACGAGGAGGAAGAGGAGGAGGGAGAGGAGGUGGACGGCGCCCAGCGCCGCAUCGUCCUGCACCUCGGCUCCGAGUUCCUGCGCGUCGGCCGCUCCUCGGACCUGUACCCCACAACGGUGCCCAGCGCGGUCGCGCGCAAGAUGCAUCUCCCGGCGCACGGCAAGGCGGAUCGCAAGGCCGCAGUGCCGGACGAGCUCGGGGGACCCGAGCAGGCGGCCGCGGACGAUACCCACGCCGACCCCACCGCGCGGCACAUUGAAAGCCUCCGCGCAGAGCUCCGCGCGAUUAUGCGCCAGUACAAGCUGCGCCCGGUGAGCAACGGAUACCAGUCGGCGAACAGCUACAACGCGUCGGUCGAGCCGGAAAAGGUGCUCGAGCACAACGACGUAUACCACAAGGGGUGGGUCGACACGAACGCCGACGGGCUCGCUGCGCUCGGCCAGCAGACCACCCACGUGCUCGUCGGCGAGGAAGCGCUGCGCCUUGCCUCGCUCUCGCCGGCAGACGCAGACGCGCCGCGCGACUGGGCGCUCUUUCGGCCGUGGACGCGGGGCAUGCUCAACGUCGAGCAGUACCACGAGGCGUACGGCGCUUCGGCGGCGGUCCAGGCGCUCUUGAACGACCUGCAGACGCUCCUCACGCACGCGCUCGCCGCGCCCCCGACCGCAGACGACGAGACGCUCAAGAGCCCGGGCCUGGGCAUCUCGCCGCGCGAUUUUGGCGAGUACUCGGUGCUGUUGCUCGUCCCCGACUCGUUCUCGCGCAGCGACCUGCGUGCGCUCGGCACGCUCCUCCUGACGUACAUGGGCUUUGCUGCGAUCAAUGUGCAGACUGAAGGGAUCUGUGCAAUGUUUGGCGCGGGCCUCUCGGCCGCGUGCAUCGUCGACAUCGGUGCGACGAGCAUCGGCGUGUCGUGCGUCGAAGAAGGCCUGGUCCUGCCCGAGACGCGCAUUCCGCUUGCGUAUGGCGGCCGGGAUAUCUCGCUCUUCUUUGGCGAGGUGCUCGAGCGCUCGAGCUUCCCGUACCGCACGAUCCGCGCAGAGAAGCGCCUCGCGGACGCCGCGCUCCUCGACUCGCUCAAGCAGCAGUUUGCGACGCUGCUUCCGAACCAGGUCGGCCUGAAUCUGUACGACUUUGUCGUGCGCCUGCCGCACACGCAGGCGCUCAAGUACGCGCUGCGCCUGUACGACGAGCCGAUCCUCGCCGGCCUCCUCCUCUUUCACCCGGAGGCGAUCACGGCGCCGCUGCAGGCGCCGCGCAAGCCGGCCACCGCCGCGCCGCUGCAGGGCGGCGUCGAAGACAUUGAGAAUGCCACGUCGAUCGUCAAUGCCAACGCGUCGCUCGGCGGCGACGAGGCCGUGGAGCUCACCGUGGACGCGGUGAGCGACGUCUCGCCGACGCUCGGCAUGUUUGCGUGCCUCGGCCACCGCCUGCCCCACGCGGUGAACCAGGCGCUGGGCUCGGUCAAGGCCGCGCCGCUCGCGACCGAUAGCCCCGCGCCGGACACGGAGAACGGGAGCGGGCACCCGUCGCCCGCGCCCGCGGCUAAGGCGGCGGCGCCCGCGCCGCCCCAGGCGACGACGCAGACGCAGCGGUGCCUCGCCGCGGCGGCCGUCGCCGCGCAAAACGGCCUGGACAUUGUGGACGAGGCGAGCCGCACGCCGCUGGACCGCGCCGUGUUUUACGCCUUGCUCGCCUCGACCGGCAGCAUGAGCGGCCAGCUGAGCGGCGCCGGGAACGAGGAGCGCCUGCGCAAGCUUGCGAACAACAUCAUGUGCAUCGGCGGCUCGGCGCGGCUGAGCGGUCUCGGCGAGGCGCUCGAGGCGCGUGUCUCGAUGCUCCUUGCGGAGCACUAUACGCCGUCGGACCCUGCGCGGACGCCUGCGGUGAGUGUCGGCCCCAACUUUGUGGCGCCGCAGGCGACGGUGAUCCCGCCCCCCCGCAACAUGGAGCCCGAGCACCUUGCGUGGAAGGGGCUCGCGGUCCUGGCGCACCUCGACGCGCUCCAGGAGCUCUGGGUGACCGCCGCCGACUGGGACGUGUUUGGCUACCGAGCGCUAAAGGAAAAGUCGCUCUUUUUAUAG